AUGGUGGGAGAGAGCAGCAUUGCGCUGGCUCCGGCCACGGUGGUGUCAAGCGGUGAUGGCACGCAAAGGCCGAGGAGGGUCCGUACUAGCAAGCCAAAGGUCAAAACGGGAUGCAACAAUUGCAAACAGCGACGCAUCAAAUGCGACGAGCAGCGACCAGAUUGCACUCAGUGUGUCCGAUCCAAGAAGAGGUGCACCGGCUACCCUCCUCCUCCGCGGGCCAAGAUCUUCGAGGAAAUCAGGAUCGCGCCCAAGCCAGGUGCAAGUAUUGCUCCGGUGCCGCCUCGCAAAACGACAGUAGCGCCAGCACGACCGCGUGUCGCGCCCCAGAUUGCUGCGGCGAAGCCGUCGCAGAAACGGUUAACACCACCGCAAACCCCGACUGAAUGUGCUUUGACGCUUCAUCGACCGUCCACACUGCCGUUCGAUCAACAGGAGGCCCAGUAUUUCCAGUUGUUCCGAGAGCACACGGCAAGUGAGCUGUCUGGCUUCUUCGAUUCGUCCUUCUGGACUCGGCACGUAUUGCAGGAAUGUCAUUCCGAGGAAGCCAUCCGACAUUCUGUCGUCGCAUUGGGUGCGCUUUAUAAAACGCUGGAGAAGAUGUCAGAGUCUCCACCGGGAUCGCCGUCGGACAUGAUGGAUUUUUCAGACCACGCAAGUCGACAUUGGGAAUUCGCGUUCAGGCACUACUCACUGGCAAUCAAUGCCGUCGUGAACUCGGCCUCACAGGACCAAACCAACCAAAGGAUGAGUCUGAUGGCCUCCGUCCUGCUGGCUUGCUUCGACUCGUUCAUUGGCCACCACAAACAGGCAAUCGUGCAGAUUCAGAGCGGUCUUAGACUUCUGGAAACGUUACGGGCUGAACGCCGCAGGGCUUUCCUUCCCCAUCCCGAGGAGCCGGUGGAACAGGACCUUCUUCAGAUGUUCACCCGCCUCGCAAUCCAAGCCAAGUCUUACGACAUGGCUUUCCAUUUCCCGCAACCGUACGUCAUCCGACUUACUCCUCAGGGCACCGAGAAUCCAACCUCACCCUCAACCGACGGAGGGUCGCCAGUCUCUACAUCACAUGCCCAGAUUCCAGACGCAUUCUCAACCCUCUUCGAUGCUAGGCUAGCUUGGGACAAUCUCGUUGAACAGAUAAUGCGAUUCACCGAGACAAUGUUCACCCAUGCUACGAUGGGUCCCAUGGGUGUCCUUCCAGUCGAGCUCAAACAGUACGGCAUGAGCUUUGGUGAGCAGAUUGAGGCUUGGUCGCGAGCUUUUGACCCCAUACUGGCAUCGCGCACGGCACCGGCGAAGAGCAGUCAGGAGAAGACGGCCAUCGCGGCGCUCAAGAUGUCGCAGAUUAUGAGUAAAAUUCUUUUCUUCAUGACAUUCAGCGACAGCGAACUAGCCUUUGAUCCGUUCUUGCCAUCUUUCCGAGAAAUCGUCAGCUUGGCCAUGGAAGUGAUUGGAGAUGAAGAGCGACGUGCGGCCGCGAAGCGAUGUCCCAACCCACACUUCUGCCAGCACCACUCGGCCCAUCCCGACAUUUUUGGCGGUCAAUACACUGCGCGGCACAUCAAGCCGAGCUUCAGUGCGGACCUUGGUAUAGUCCCACCGCUCUUCGUUGUGGCCACAAAAUGCCGCGAUCCACUCACUCGCCGUCAAGCUAUUCAGCUGUUACGAACCAGCUCACGAAGAGAAGGUAUGUGGGACAGUGAGCUCACAGCUCGCAUAGCCACGUGGAUUGCGAACAUCGAGGAGGAAGACGACGGCAGCGGAGACACUGGGCGUCCUCCAUCGAGCUCGACCGAGGCAAGCAGGUUCUCUAUGGGUAGUCCCAGUGCCAGGUCCACCGGCUCUCCCGUCUUUGGUGACGAUGUUCCCCUCGGCCCUGGUGGCAAUGCUCGAUGGGACAGUCGAAAUGAAAGUAUGCCAGUAUCACCACAUGGAAGGGCCGGGACGAGAGGCAUACCGGAGGAAAAGCGAGUAAUGGUACGAGCCGUCGAGUUUGACCUUCGUCAACGCUGGGCCAUUCUUCAGUGCGGCACGCGAGGUCUCAUUCCCGGCACGCCGGAUCUGAGGACUAGAGUUACCAGGAUUACCUGGUAG